AUGCUAGAGCCAAAGGACAUGCCAGAGGAGGAACUUCCAGAAGAAUCAUGUGAGCUGGAAGCUGCUGCAGUCCUCCCUGAGUCCUGUCUCCAACAUCUGGACAGCAGCGAUUGGAAAGAGCGGAUCUCCUGCCUGGAGACAUUUGAGAAGGCGGUGGAAGAGAUGGAGAAGAACCAGGUGCCCUGCCAAGCUUUGGUAAGGCUGCUUGACAAAGACCCCGGGUGGAAUGAAACCAAACUGCAGGUGAUGCAAAAAAGGUUGCACAUUGUCACUCUCAUUGCCCGCAAGGGGAACUUCUCCAGAACCUCAGCUCGGUUCGUCUUGGGAAAUCUGGUGGACAAGAUUGGGGACGUCAUCUGUAGCAGCGACACGAAGGAAGCCCUAACCGCAGUGGCUGAGGCCUGUGGCUUGCCGUGGACAGCAGGGAAAGUUACUGAAGCAGCUUUCUUGCAAGACUGCCCCAGGACUCAUGCAGAAACUCUGAACUGGCUCUCUAGCGCCAUCAAAGACUUUGGCUUUGAUGGCAUGGAGGCCAGAAUGUUUGUUGGCUACAUUAAAGUGUCCUUGUCUGCAGCCCAUCCAGAUGUGAGGACUUCCGCUUUUAACCUCCUUGGUGUGAUCUACCUCUAUGUCGGGAGCCCUCUGAGGGCCUUUUUUGAGGAUGAAAAGCCCCUUCUUCUCUCCCAGAUUGAUGCCAGGUUUGAACAGCUGAUUGGCCAAAGUCCCCCUCCUCAAACGCGAGGCCGCUGCAAGUUCUGCAGGAACAGUGCAAAUGAGCAGCGGGGAGGAGAUGCACAGCCCUACUGGACAAACAGUGCGGUUGAUAUCAGCAAGAAGAUCUCAGGGGAGUUACUGGCCAAAAUGCAGGACCCCAGCUGGAAGGUCCGGAAGGAAGGGCUGGAGGACAUCUCCAGGAUCCUCAGUGACAUCACCUCCAUCCAGCCCAACAUUGGCGACCUCCCAGCUGUCUUGAAGGCUUGUCUGCAUGACUCCAAUAAAGCUCUGGUGAAGCAGACACUCAUUGUCCUGCAGCAGCUUGCGAAGGCCAUGGGUCCAGGGAUUAAGCAUCACAUCAAGACCCUGGGAAUGUCUAUCCUCGCGGUCCUCAAAGACAACAAAAGUAGCUUACGGCCCAUGGCUCUUACCACCAUAGAGGCAUGGGCUGAACAGACUGGCAUGAAAGAAUGGCUAGAAGCGGAUGACCUCUUCAUAGAUCUGAAGAAGGAGACGGUGUCCCCGAGACAGGGGUUCCUGGGGUGGCUGGCAGAGAAACUGCCGUCUUCCAGCUCUGCCUCUGCUGACUUGCUUCGUUGUGUCCCUCAUCUCUAUUCAGCCUUGGAGAACUCCCUUGAGGAAACACGCACAGCAGCACAGGAGGCCCUCCCGUUUUUCCUUCUUCACCUUGGCUUUGAGAAGAUGUCUGAAGCUGCCAGCAAACUGAAGCCAGCUUCCAGAGAGCAGGUGCUCUCUCUGCUGGACAGGGUCAAAAGUAGCCAAUCAUCCAAGGCCACCGUUAGCCUUUCCAGGACCCUUUCCAAGCUGCCACGGGGCAAGUCUUGGUCCAGGGCGUAUGUGGCUCCUCCUCAACAGUCCCCCCCAGCCGCCUCCUUCUCUACUGAAAAUGUAGGGUCUCACGAGCUGAGCUUGGAUGUAAGAAAAGCCACCUCAGAAGGGACCGUUCCCAAAGCUAAGCGAUUCCCAAAUGUGAAGGCGCAAGCCAAACUUAGCUCAAAGGAAGGUCCCAGUGUGCUAGGCCCCAUUUUCAUGAUUGUCCCCAAAGGGAAAGAGCAGAGAGCAAAGGAUGAGAAAGCUCUGAAGGUCCUGAGAUGGAAUUUCAGCACCCCAAGCAGCAAAUACAUUGAGCAGCUCAAAGCUCAAAUGUGUGGCUGUCUCUGCAGCUGGCUGCAGGAAGAGCUUUUCCACUCCAACUUUCAGCACCACAUCAGAGCAUUGGCCGUGAUGACCAAGCACUUGGGGACUGAGAAAGAUGGUGUCAUCAGCUGUCUGGACCUCGUCUUGAAGUGGCUCAGCCUUCGACUGUUUGACACCAACACUUGGGUGCUCAUGAAGACCCUGGAGUAUCUUCAAAGACUCUUCAGUAUGCUGAUUGAGGAGAAGUAUCAGCUGAUGGAGAACGAGGCUUCCUCUUUUCUGCCCUACCUUCUCCUGAAAAUGGGGGGAACGAAGGAGUCCAUCCUCAGAGAAGUCCGGGCAAUUCUGAAGCAGAUCCUCUUCAUCUACCCGGCCUCCAAGACGUUUUCUUUCCUCCUCGAAGGAGCCCAGGCCAAGAAUGCCAACCAACGGGUGGGAUGUUUGAAGGAGCUGGAAUGGAUGCUGAAGGAAUACGGGCCAGAGGUGUGCCAGCCAAACCCAAACAAAAUUCUGAAAACUCUCAUUGUCUUGACCGGGGACUACAACAAUGCAGUUCAUACGGCUGCUUUAAAGGUCAUUGCAACAGCCCGGGACGUUUAUGGAGCGGAAACAUUUCGGGCAGUUGGGAAUAUAUCCGAGAAACACAUGGAUUUAUUGGAAGAGGGCAUAAAAGAGGCAGGAGCUAUGGGAGUCAGAGAGGAAAAAAUGGGAACUCAAGGCUCCAAGGCCGUAGAAGGCUCCCGGCAGAACAAUGCAACCGGAAAUCAGACUGAGGGGGAAUAUUCAGGGGCCCCCACAGAGCACGUUGGGCCAGAGAAUGCUAACCACGUGGACACUUGCGAGAAUCCAGGUCCAGCAGCUGGAACGCCCCCGGGUGUGAGCGUCGAACUUCAGGCCGAGGGUAGCAUCACUCCUAACGUCAAUAUGAUCAUUUGCCGUGUGGCUAGUGGUAGCGUUGUCACGAGUAUCGAGGCCCUAGUGCAGAUUCAGGAGAUUCUGGAGCAGGAGGACAGCGUGGAAAUCAUGUCUGGCCACAUCAACCAGUUUCUGAUAGCAGCACUCCGGCAGCUGAAGUUCCUCCACCGGCUCCAUGUCACAGCGGAGGAAGAAGCAAGGAAGGAACAAGUUGUCCAGCUGUAUAACUGCAUCAUCUGCAACAUGGUCUCCCUCUUCCAGAUAGAUAGCCUGGCCCAGGAAGCCUCUGCUGGGGUGCUGAAGGACCUCAUCAGUAGUCUGAUCACCUUCUUGCUGGACUCUCCAGUUGAAGAGCUUUCAGAAGAGCAGUCGGCCAAACGCUUGAUAACAAAGGUGCUGGAGAAAUCAAGCCAGACCAAACUUCUGAGUUCUUUGCUUCUGCUUCUUCAUGAAAGCAUGACAGCCCCCACUAACCUCUCCAGUUUUUCAGAAAUGGUGGCCAAGUGCUUGUGGAAAACUGCCAAACACCUUCCGCAAACCAUUGAUAGCAUCUGCUUGGACCAGAUCCUGUUGGAUAUCCACAUAUUCAUGAAGGCCCUGCCCAAGGAGAAACUGAAGCAAUAUCAGAGCAGUUAUCCCCUCCGGGCACUGAAGAUUCUUCUGCACACCCUUUGCAAGCUGAAGGGUGAAGAGAUCUUGGAACACCUCACCUUGAUAGAGGAUAGGGGGGACUCAGAGUUGGAAGCCAACCUCAGGAAACUGGUCAGCCACUCUGAGGGACAGGCUGGCACGUACGGUGAGCUAGGCUCUUCUUCCCGAGCUGAGGACAAGGUCAACCAGACACUGGCUGAAAUUUUCAAGAAGAUCAGCUGCAAGGAAACUGCCAGGGCAGGCCUGGAAGAUCUCCACAAAUUCAAGGAGAAACAUCCUGAGGCAGACUUAGAACCCUUCUUGAAAAAUUGUUCCCUUCUCUUCCGGAGUUACGUCAAACACGGCUUGGCGGUUAUAGUGUCCGAAAGGGAAAACAAGCAAAAAAGCAACCUUUUGGCUGAGAAAGCAGCAUAA